AUGAAUGCAAAUAAUUUUCAUUACACCGGUUCAAUUCAAGAGGUUAUGUUGUAUAAAGUUCUUGCGAACAAUGAAAUAAUUGAUAUUUACAGGAAAAUUCCCAAACCUUGUGAAAGACAUAUUUCUCCAUCUCUACAAGUAGUUUUGCAUGCUGGGAAUGUUCAAAGGACAUCUAGUGUGAAGCGAAAGUCAAAAGUAGUUGAUGAAGAUGUUCCUACGAAGCCUAAAACUCAAAGGAAACAAAAGAAGAAAGCCAAGGUUACUGUGGUCGAUGAAGAUGAUGAUGAAAACACCAUGAGUGAUGUUCGCAUAGAGGAUGUUGUUGCGAAUGAAGAUACUAUGAGAUCUUCUAAUCCUCUUUAG